AUGCCCAUUUCCACCAGUGCGACGUCUCGGGUUGGUAACCUCGUACCUAGCAUUCUCACCAUUCUCGACACUCUUAUGGGCUCGUGGCUGGGUCUUUACACCACCACUCCUAUGUGUGGAUCAUCGAACUUCCCAUUGACAGAUGUAAUUCCAUCAGAUCCAGUGUCUUGCUUCGCCGCCGUUGAUGCAUGCAUGCAAAAGCUUGGAAGGAUCGACGUCCUGUUCCACAAUGGUGCCAUUCUGAGUCCGAUAGUUCCCGUGGUCGACCACGACAUUGACGUUUUCAACAAAGUCAUCAUGACCAAUCUUUGUGGUGCGUUUUACCUGGCCAAAGCCGUAAUCCCCCACAUGAAAUUGGUGGGAAAGGGAGUGAUCGUCAAUACUGCCAGUAUUUCCGGCAUUGGAGGAGAUUACGGUCUUUCUUCCUACAAUGCGGCCAAAGGAGGAUUGAUCAAUCUCACGCGGACGAUCGCCAUGGACCAUGCAAGAGACGGAAUUCGUGCCGUGACCGUCUGUCCUGGGUUUAUGGAUACUCCCAUGUCCGAAGGAACACUGCAAAACGAGAAGCUCCGGGAAGAAUUGUUUGAGAGCAUACCGAUGAAUCGCGCGGGGCAUCCAAUGGAGGUGGCUCAGUUGGUUCUGUUCCUUGCUUCCGAUGAAGCAUCUUAUAUCACUGGACAUCGUAAGGAACCCCACCAAGAAUUUGUCCUCAUUCCGUUCUCUGCUGACCACAUGCAGCUUUUGUUGUAG